UAUUGAUGAUGAUGAUAUUUAUGAUGAUGGUCGUUUUUUGGAAAUGACUUCAUUCCUGGAAAGGAAGUAUAACAGGUUUUUAGCUAAUCACAGGUCUGAGCUCAUCCGGAGGGCUGCAAUAGUGAUGCCAAUAGUGGAUGAGCUGUCGGCACAACACAAGCUCAAUGAUCAGACAUAUGCAUGGAUCAGGAGAGCACCGACCAAUCAGGAGCAAAUGACAGAGCUUUAUAAAGCCCUGGAUGAAGGAGGAGAUGAUGUGAAAUCUGCCUUUUACUUUGCUCUGAGGAAGUAUGAACCACACCUGUUCUGUUACCUGGAGCACAACCCUGAGAUUCUUCAGUACAAGUCUUCAGUCAUUGAGAAAUAUAAGUUUGUGACAGAGUAUAACCUUCCAUCUGAUGAACGUGUGGAAAUGGCCGCCCGUUACACUGAACCAGUGAUCAUUCAGAAGAGCAAAGAGCAGGCUGAGAAAUACUAUCGUGAACAUGUGAAGUCUGUGGAUGCUUCAUCUCAACUGUUAUCAAAUGACAAGAAUCACAGCAUCAGAAUAGACCAGCUGUUCAGUCCUGACAGUGAUGGAAACGCCCCGAAAACUGUUAUUCUCAGUGGUGAUUCUGGAAGAGGUAAAUCCUUCAUGUUACAGAAGAUCAUGUUGGACUGGGCUUCUGGAGAACUUUACUCUGAAAUGUUUGAAGUAGUUUUUCUAUUGAAUUGUGAAGAGCUGAAGUUUAUUUCUUAUGAGAUGAGCUUAUUUAAGCUCCUGAGCUGGAGUUGCAGUUUAACAUCAGAUCAGAUCUCAGGGAUAUUAGAGUUAACACCAGAGAAAGUCCUCUUCCUCAUUGAUGGAAUUAAUGACUUUUCAUUUGAUCCACACAUUCAUACAUCACGACCCACUAUUGCAUCCCAUGAAGCACUACCAAUGGACACUCUUAUGAGUCUGUUGAAUGGACAGAUCCUAUCUGAGUCCUUCCUGCUGGUUACCUUCAGAACAGCUGCUGAUCCAGUGAUGAAUCUCCUAAAGGGACCUCAGCGUUUCACUGAGAUCAUGGGCUUCUCUGAGAGAGGGGUGCAGGAGUACUUCCACAAGUUCUUUCAGGACGAGCUACUCCUCAGGAAAACAUAUGAGAGCGUGAAGAUAAAUGAAAGCCUCAUGACUAUCUGCUCUGUGCCUUUGCUGUGUUGGAUGGUCUGUUUUUGUCUGAAGAAACACUUUACAGAUGAUGAUCAUGUGAUGGCAGAACUAAAGACAACCACCUCCAUAUAUGUGAACAUUGUGUCCACUCUACUGGAGCAUCAUGGCCAGAGUCAGUCUGUCCUCACCAUGCUGAGGAGUCUGGGUCAGCUAGCAGAGGAAGGGAUGCUGGAUGAAGAAGUCCUUUUUGAAGAGAAGACUGUGUUUGAGACCUUAGAGGCUUAUAGUAGCCAGUUCUUGCAUAAAGAACUUUGGAAUAGAGACUAUAUAAGGAAAACAGUUCUCAAGUUCAUGCACCUCAGCUUUCAGGAGUUCUUCGUUGCUCUUUAUUAUGUGUUUUUGAAUGAAGAAGAGUCCCAGAGGAACAUCAGAGACACUCUAGCUGCUGAGAGUGUGAAAGAUAGAAUAUCAAAUCCCAUUUCUUCAGUUCUGCUGUUCCUCUGUGGUCUCUCUAAUGAAGACGCGAACAGUUCUCUCUUUAAAAUGCGCAACUGGACUGUUCCUUACAUCAUAAGAAAAGAGAUGGAGAGCACAAUCCUUACUCUUCAGGAUGAUGAAAAGUUACUUGCUCUCCGCUGUCUGUAUGAGCUCCAUGAUGAGGUGUUUGUGAGGAGAGCUUUGGCAGAUUGGGUAUCCAUGGAUCUGUCCAACAUUUCCCUGAGGAGCACAGACUGUUGGGUGCUGCUGUACUGUCUUCAGUGCUGUCCACACAUCAGAGAACUGAACCUCAUGUACUGUGAUUUAACAGCUGAUCAACUCAAGAUUCUUCAGCCAGCACUCUGUAUGUGUGAGACUCUGAGGUCAGUGUGAUGCAUGGAGAAACACUUGUUGAU